AUGAGCAGUAAAAUAAUGAACCGGUCGUACGGUGGUGGUAAUUACUCCAAGUUCGAUAAGGAAGACCCAGAAGAAGUAUUCCACCGGCAGGCUCAGUUCCUUAUCUACAAGAUGAUGCAACGUGCCGACGAUUCGCGGCGGAGCGCGUCGUUUAGCCAGACCAAGCUCUGCAAGUUGAAGGUGAGGAUCGGGAAGAGGCUGAGAAAGCUGAGGAAGGGCGUGGUUUUGAGCAUGUCGGCGGCGAGGUUGAGGAUUUAG